UCCCAACAGGUGCCCCUCCAGACACCAGACAUGUCCUGCCUUGACCAGUGCCUGCCUCGCCUGCAAUGCCGGCCCUGCGGCCCGACCCCGCUGGCCAACAGCUGCAAUGAGCCCUGCGUCAGGCAGUGCCAGGACUCCCACGUCGUCAUCCAGCCCUCUCCCGUGGUGGUGACCCUGCCCGGACCCAUCCUCAGCUCCUUCCCGCAGAACACCGCCGUGGGAUCCUCCACCUCCGCUGCCGUUGGCAGCAUCCUCAGCUCUGAGGGCGUGCCCAUCUCCUCUGGAGGCUUUGGCCUCUCCGGCUUCGGCAGCCGCUUCUGCGGCAGGCGGUGCUUCCCCUGCUAAAGCUGCUGGCCGUGGUUCUGGGGGA